ACAGUAUUCAGAAACAAAAAAAAAAAAAACAUCUUCAUCUUGAUGGUAACUUAGACAAUAAUUUCUCCGAACUUGCUGCAAAAACUUUAGUUACGCGCUUACUAAAGUGAUGACCAGAAGCUCCUAUUUAUGACGAUUCUGAAAAUGCGAGAGUGUGGAAGGUGUGAGUGAGAGGCAUAGCAUGGAAUCGGAACAGUGUUACGAUGUUUAUCUGAAUUUGAGAGGGGAAAUCCACUACGGCUUCGGCGGAAAUCUGUGCAAGGCGCUGCGCGAUAAGGGAUUCAAGACUAUGAUGAGCGACGAGAGAAUGCAGAGUGGUACCCAAGAUUCACCCUUUCUUCUUAGGGCAAUCGAACAAUCUAGAAUCGCCAUCGUUGUUUUCUCCAAAGACUACCCACGUUACACUUGGUGUCUGGAGGAGCUUGUCAAGAUUGUCGAAUGCAUGGAGACCAAGAACCAACUGGUUUUCCCAAUCUUCUACAAAGUCAAACCCUACUACGUCAGGGAACAGAAGAAAUACUACUGCGAUGCCUUCGCCAAACACGACAAGAAGUUCGGGGAAAACUCCGAGAAAGUGCAGAAAUGGAGGUCUGCUUUGUCUCAUGUCGCCAAAUUGCAUGGACUCAUCGCUCGAUCUGGGUAUGAAUACGAGCAUGUUGAAAAGGUUGUGGAAAUGGUGACUCGAUCGUUGUUUCGGUACGAUAUUUUUAUCAAUUUUAGGGGAUUGGAUACUCGUUACUCCUUCACGGGUUUUCUGUAUCGAGCAUUGUCGCGAGAGAGAUUCAAAACCUUCAUGGAUGAUGAAGAGUUGGAAGACGGGGACAAAAUUUCAUCGUCUCUUAUUAAAGCUAUCGAAUCGUCGAGGCUAUCCAUAGUUGUUCUUUCUGAAAACUACGCAUAUUCCUCAUGGUGUCUUGCUGAACUUGACACCAUCAUGGAGUGUAAGAAGACAAAGAAUCAGUUGGUGUGGCCAAUAUUUUACAAAGUGGAACCCAACACUGUGAGGUAUCAAAAGAACAGUUAUGAAGAAGCCAUGGCUAAGCAUGAACAAAGAUAUGGAAGUGAGUGCAGUAAGGUGUUAAAAUGGCGACAGAAUUUGUCUGAAGUUGCUGGCUUGAAAGGAGUCUCCCUUCAACCUAAUCAGUAUGAAUUUAAAGUGGUGGAGGAGAUUGUGAAAAAAGCCAUUGAGAACGAUGAUGGAAGUUACUCCCGUAUAACAGGUCUUGACUACAGUCAAAUCAUGAACAAUGAUGAUGAAAAUGAGUUGGCUAAUCAGACGGUGGAUAAUAGAGAUUGCAUCUCUAUAUGUAGCCCUAGCUGGAAUGAACACACCACUAACAAUGAUGAUGAAGACUGUUUCUCUGCAUCAAGUGUGGGUUAGAAGGAAAAGUUCUUACUUCUUUUUAUAGUGCAAGGUUUCAUCUUAUGGUAAGUAAUAUAUAUAUAUAUAUAUAUAUAUAUAUAUAUAUAUAGUGUAUACUGAUAACAUUUUCUAAGAAAAGAGGUGUGCUACUGUGAGAGUGAGACAGGAGAGAUAUAUAUAGUGUCUGUGUAUAAUGAUAACAUUUUUUUUUGUAAAAGUAAAGAGUUGUGUUACUGCAUAUUUUUAGAUAAUAUUAGUUUCUAGCCGUUAAUCUUUAA